UAUCCGUUGGCCAAAGCGCGGCAGCACCAACCCGGGUGCAUGGCUGACGCUCUUUAGCGAGGAGAAGCAAAUGAGCUCCUCCUUUUGCUCCGCGGCGGCGGCGGGGCGGUUCUCCGCCGCUCCAUCUGCCUCCUGUCUGAGAGGCGGUGGUGGAAUAAGGCCACCCCUUUUCCUUUCCCGAUUAUCCCGUGAGCCCGCCAUUCCCAACGUCAACCAAUCGUACCCAGCUUCUAGAAUCCUCACCUUCCUCACUGCCACUACCUUCAUUCUUUUUCCGCCUCUUCUCGGGCCAAUUCCGUCAAUUCUGCCUCCAUUGGAUGCUCCAAUUGCGAACGCUCGAGGCCUGUUUCAGAUGCCUCCUUCCCGCCUCGUCAACAGGUACUUUUUGGUUAGGGCCGGGGAGUCAGAGACGGAGCAUCUAGGGCUCAUCAGGACGAACCCCGUGGAGAAAACCUCGGUUGAUAGCGGAUUGUCGGAAGAAGGUAAGAAGCAGGCAGUGGAGGCAGCCUUCGAGAUCAAGAAAAUGGGUGCGUGUGAUGGUAAUUGCUGGAUUUGGCCGUCUAUUACCCAGCGCUCUUAUCAGGCCGCUGAGAUUAUCGCUGCCGUGAACAGCAUUAGCCGGAGUCAUAUUGUUCCAGAGUAUAGCUUCUUGGAUGCUCGCGGCUUGGGUGCAUACGAGGGAAAGAAGCUGGAUGUUGUCAACGAGGUCUAUGAUUCUGAUAGAAUUUCUCCUAGCACCAAACCACCUCCUAUUGAUGAUGGGACGCCAAAUGAGAGUGUUGAAGAUGUAUUUGUUCGUGUUACACAACUGAUGUCAAUUUUGGAGACCCAGUACGCGGGUGAUAGCAUUGUCAUUGUCUCACCUGAUUCAGACAACUUAUCGGUCCUUCAAGCUGGUCUAGUAGGACUUGAUCUCCGGAGGCAUAUGGAUCUCUCUUUUGUUCCUGGAGAAGUCAGACGUGUGGAUGUAGAGAGCAUUCCUGCUUACAGGCAGCCAGCUUCUGCUGUCUACAAGUGUCUCAAUCCCCCAUCAUGUCGGUAGAAUACGUUAGUUCCGUUUGUAUAAAUAUAAUAAGUUUGCUUACAUGGCGGCUCAGUUUUUUUGUUUAGUCCCUUGAAAGCCACAUUCGUUUUCUACUGCUUGCCCGUCUGGCUGCUUCUGCGUUUCCUUCCAUCGCUCUGUAGUUGCAUGUAUGAGUGAUCACUGUGGCUGAGCAGAAUAAAAGAUGCGCGAAUCAUGAAGCUAACUUGUACUUAAAUGAGUGUCAAAAUAUUUGCUUCUGACA